GGGUGAAAACCAACGUCGGUGGGGGCGGGCGCAGUGACAGAAUGGCCCAAUGAGGUUCAGGAUCCUCUUCGCUCGUCCAAUGGGGAUGCAGAGAGGGCGGGAGCUCGGCCUGACUGUGGGAGUGAAUCGAGAGGCCGGCUGUUUGUUGUCAUCAAGAUGGAGUUUCUGCUGGGGAACCCGUACAGCACCCCGGUGGGGCAAUGUAUCGAGAAAGCCACGGAAGGCUCCCUUCAGAGCGAGGAUUGGACGCUCAACAUGGAGAUCUGUGACAUCAUCAAUGAGACAGAAGAAGGGCCAAAAGAUGCGAUCCGCGCUUUAAAAAAAAGGUUGAAUGGAAACAAAAAUUACAGAGAAGUGAUGCUUGCAUUAACGGUCUUGGAAACCUGCGUGAAAAAUUGCGGCCAUCGCUUUCACGUUCUUGUGACGCACCGGGAUUUCAUAGAUGGGGUCCUGGUGAAGAUUGUCUCCCCCAAGAACAACCCGCCAACCAUUGUGCAGGACAAAGUGUUGGCUCUGAUCCAGGCUUGGGCAGAUGCUUUCCGGAGCAGUCCUGACCUGACUGGAGUUGUGCAUAUUUAUGAAGAGCUGAAGAGGAAAGGAAUAGAGUUUCCUAUGGCAGAUCUGGAUGCGCUGUCUCCUAUACACACACCGCAGAGGAGUGUACCGGAAGUGGAUCCAGCUAUGAACAUGCAUACUGCUCAGACCCACCAGCGACCCAACACUGGAACAUUCCCCACCAUUUCCCCCACUCCGACACCAUACACCGCCCCGGCAGUACCACCGGCAAAUGUGGGGGGACCAAUUACGGCCAAUUCUGAGCAGGUCGGCCGCCUGAGGAGUGAACUCGAUAUAGUACGUGGAAACACUAAAGUCAUGUCUGAGAUGCUAACAGAGAUGACCCCGGGUCAGGAGGAUGCAUCAGAUCUGGAACUUCUACAGGACCUAAAUAGGACCUGCAGGGCGAUGCAGCAGAGGAUCGUAGAACUGAUCUCCCGAGUGUCCAACGAGGAGGUGACCGAGGAGCUGCUCCAUGUGAACGAUGACUUGAACAAUGUCUUCCUCAGAUAUGAGAGGUUUGAACGCUACAGAACCGGCCGCACUGCACAGAACACUAAUGGGGUCCUGAGUGAGGUCACAGAGGACAAUCUAAUAGAUCUUGGCCCCGGAUCACCAGCUGUGGUCAGCCCAAUGGUGGGCAACACGGCCCCUGCAUCACUAACGACCCAACUUGGUGGACUUGAUAUGGGCACGACUACUGUAAGCUCUACACUUAGUACCCUCCCGGCCACCAAUCCACGGGAUGACUUUGAUAUGUUUGCACAGACAAGGACUAACUCUCUGGCUGAUCAGCGGAAAAAUGUAACCUAUGAGGAUCCUCAGGCCCUUGGAGGACUGGCGUCGGCUCUGGAUGUCCGGCAGCAGAACACAGUUGGGAUUCCCGUGGCACAGGCCUCGGACAUGGAUGACCUAGAGGAAUGGCUCGGUACAGAUGUGAAGGGGGAUGAGCUGGAGGAAGGAGUGACAAGUGAAGUGCCGUUGACAGAGGAAGGAGCAGCGGGAGAUCGCCAUGAAGAAUUUGAUAAGUUUCUAGAAGAGCGAGCCAAGGCAGCCGAAAGGGUACCGGAUCUCCCAUCUCCACCCAGCACAGAGCCCGCCGCCGUGGUGGGCAACCCGGCCAACCGAAAGAAACAGGAACGGGUCGACGAUACGCUAUUCGCAUUGUAAAUAAUUCCCACUUCUGUAUAGCGCUCAUUGCACUCCCCACCGCCGCACACAGGCGCUCCAAUCUGUCCUGUAGCCGCGCACUUAAACUGGGACCAUCAGUUCCUCCACACGUAAGCCAUUCUUGUGAGAUCCAGCACUGUAUAUAGGAAUGCAGCUCAUGAGAAACUACCGCUGAACGAGGCAGCCAUCUUGCGAAAGGAUCCUGCAUUUAUGUGAUUGCCGGCUCAUGUUACCUCCGGCCUGCCGUCUUUAGUCUAAAACAAGCCAGUGCUUUGCCAAUGAGGAUAAAAGAAGCAGGUUUACUUUAAUCCCCCACCCUUCUCCAGCAUAUACUUACCAUUACUUUGCUCCCCUGCUGCUCUGAUCAUGAAAUACCCGGUAUACUUACCCACCAGUGCUAUCACAUGGUAGGAGGGGUCGUCCUUAGCCCUGCGUAAGCUAUGAGUAUCCAUGGCUUCCAAUGACUAAAUUUAAUAUGGGGGGAGUAAAAGUUUUUAUUUUGGGGCACUGACUCAGAAGUUCCGUAUCACAUGUGGGCGUUACCCUGCAUGGUCUGCGUGCAAAUACAGGAACUCCCAAUUUAAUAUUUGCAUAACUCCUCCCAAGAACCAGCCCACUGCUUUCCUGAAUGGAUAGGACUGUCCGUGACCCACCCCUUUUGAUUCAAUGGACUUGAGUUCUUGGACUCAUGGAGGCUCCACAUCACAUGUGGGACUUACCUACCUGCGGUCUGCAUGCAAAUACAGGAGUCUAGGAACUCCCACUCCUAUACUGCUACCCAGCCACCAUUGCAUUUUAAUAUUUGCAUAACUCCUCCCAAGAACCAGCCUACCGCUUUCCUGAAUGGAUAGGACUGUCCGUGACCCAGGGCCGUCUUAAUAGCAUCAUGGGCCCCUGGGCAAUGUAAUGCUCUGGGGCCCCUACAAUGAUGACAGU